UCUAAGCUUCAGACAGAUUCGUGAGUUGUCUCUCUUCAAACCAAAGCUCCUUUUUGUUCUCGAGAGAUGUCUGUCUUUGAAGAUUCUUUCGUUAUACUCGGAGAUGACGCUUCUGAGUCCGUUCCAGUCUCAGGCUCAUUCGACACCACUACUGAUCACUCCUUCUCUGCCCAAGUAGAUGACUCCAUCGACGAUGUUUUCGCGGCGCCGCCUUCCGACUACGGAGCUUACUCGAACGGAGACAACGUCUUCGGAUCCAACGGUGGACACGACGGUCCCAUCUUGCCGCCGCCGUCAGAGAUGGAAUCUGAUGAGGGGUCUGCUCUCAGAGAAUGGAGAAGACAAAAUGCAAUUCAACUUGAGGAGAAGGAGAAGAAAGAAAAGGAGUUGCGGAACCAAAUCAUUGAAGAGGCUAAUCAAUUCAAAGAGGAUUUCCAUAAGAAGAGGGAGUUAACCUGUGAAAACAACAAAGCAGCUAACAGAGAGAAGGAAAAGCUGUAUAUGGAGACCCAAGAGAAAUUCUAUGCGGAAGCGAGCAAGAACUACUGGAAGGCAAUAGCUGAGCUAGUUCCUAAAGAGGUUCCAACUAUAGAGAAAAGAAGAGGGAAGAAAGAGGACCCUAAGAAGCCAACAAUCUCUGUCAUUCAAGGUCCAAAGCCCGGUAAGCCAACCGAUCUCUCAAGAAUGAGACAGAUAUUGCUCAAGCUCAAACAGAACCCGCCAGCUCACCUGAAACUCGCUCCUCAACCUCCACCAGAGGCGGCUGCUGCUGCUGCUACUACUGCUGCUCCUCCUUCAAAGAAUGUUCCUGAAACCAAGCCCACCGAGGCAGUUGCUGCUGCUUAAGAAACCCUCUUUUUUUUUGUUUUUUUUUCCAUUGCUUUCAUGUAUGCGAUUCUCUCUUUGCAUUCCAUUAUGUGUGUGAUAUAAACAGCUUAUGUCCUAUCUGAUUAUACUUUAUGACAUUCAUGUUUGAAUUCAAAUAAGCGAAGUUGUUAAAAUAA